UCAGUCAGAUCGAAGACAAAGUGGAUAUUUCUCAUACCAAGUUCAUAUUGUGGAUUUUCUCUCAAACGCCGACUCGCUAAGGAGCCUGAAAUAUCUCGCCACAAAAACUGACCAGUGUUGUUCCGCGACAGACAGAGAUUUCGUAUUAUCGGAUUCGGACCAUUGUAGUUUAAGGACAUUCCCUUGCUGUUGCCCGAGAAAACGAAAAAUCUCCGUUGAGGAAGAAUUGAUGGAUUUUACUCAGAUACGGGACGUCUUUUGGCAGGACAUGUUUCUUGACCGGCUGUCUGUAAAGUGCCUAGAACGUCUUUCUCGUUCGCUUGAAAAAGGCCCCACGGUCAACUGGAAAGUACUCGCGAUAAAGGGAUUUCCUUUAUUUUAUUCUGGAGGCUUGGCUCCAUUAGAAAGCAGUAGCCAGCUGUUAGAUGAUCUUACCAAUCGACAUGUAACGGUACAAGAUCUCUUGCUAGCUCUGAACCAAAUUGGAAAUAUAAAAGCCGGAGAAAUAGUCCGGAAAGAACUAAGGAAAAGCUGUAUGGAUCGUGAGAUGCCACAGCUUACCCCAGGGGUCAGCUCCGGGCAGCCUGAAGAGAAAAACGAUGCUGCCCGGGAACAAUCCGAAACAUUCAAACGUCCCGUCCAAGAAACAAGCAUCGGGAAUCGAAAGCCCUCCACGCACACCGCAGUAAGGAACGAUACAUUGAUGGAUUUGAUCAGCACCUUUUUUCCGUGCUUUGGACAUUUUCAACAUUGUUAUUGAGAUGUCCUAUUUCCACCAGUGGAAAUUAGUAGUUAGAGACAAGUAAAAUCUUAACCUGAAUAAUUAUAAGUGAAAUCGCUUUUGGAUUCAUUUACGUUAUCAAAUAAAAGUAGAAUUUUUACAUAGUUCUUCUAUAAAGAGAUAUUUGAGUUGCAACGCCUCAGAUAUCUUAACUUCUUUGGUGUCAAAGCUAAGCUUUCAAUGUCUAGAGCCUUUUAAUGUUGCCGGAUUUGAUGUGAGAAAUCCACAGAUUCCCGGUUUGCACAUUGUUAUAGAUCUAAAAACAUAUUUCAAAAUCUUGAAAUAGAGUUUAAAUUUAGCCAAAAGUAUCAAGUCAAAUCAUUAGUCACGCUAAGCGUGUACAUUUAUUGUAACAGUCUCAAUAAAUUUUGGAAGGUUGAGUGAAAUAAGAGACCGUUUAAUUGUGUUCACUCAACUUUGUUA